GCUUUGCCCCUGCACUAGUGCCGCUUUAAUCGCUCCAAAGUCAAGCGUCAAUUGCGUAUAUAAAACGACUGGAUCGGAUCGAUGCCUAGCCAUCAUUCACUGCACUGCUCUCUCCGUUGUUUAUCCAUUCGCUACAAUUUGCAUCUGCAAAUUAAAGUUGAUAACUAAUCAUACAAGCUAGUAGCUUCAGCUUGAUUUCAUCUUCAGUUCUUUCUGGAUAACAAAUCAGACCAACUUUGUCGAUCGAUCCAAAUUCAGAGAAAUUAUCUCUGAGUAGUGAAUUAAAAGAUGGGGUCUCUGAUGGCUGGAUGGGAUUCACCCGUUCUUGGCGAUGAGAACAGAGUUCUUGCGAGGAGGAACAAGUCGCUGACGAGGGAGGAGGUGGAGGCGUUCUGGAAGCAGCACGGCGGCGAGAUGAUGUCGGGCUCGCCGCUCGGCUCCCCCGCCGCCGGCGGCAUGGCGCGGUCGGCCCCGGUGAGCCGCUCGAAGGCGCACGCCUCGUCGCCUCGCGGCGGCCGUAUCGACCCGGCGACUCGCGUGGAGGGCUUCUUCCCCCACGACGACGCCGCCGCCGCCGAGAGCCCCAGCAAGAGCCACGACUGGUGGACGAGGAGCAACUGGGCGUUCCUGAACGAGCCGCCGCAGGAGGAGAUCGCCGGCAAGGCGCAGAACUACGCGCCGCAGUUCCACGUCGCCCGGAUCGCCACCGGCAACGCAUGAACAACGCCACAACCCCUCGACCAUCGCAUAUAGCAUAAAUUAGUAGUAGUAUUGAUCAAUCGAUCAGCCAGUGCGAGUGACGUGGGGCUUGGCUUGGUGUGUGUUCAUAGUACGUAUUACGUUUGAUAAUUACCCCACGCUACAGCAGAGUAGGACUAGAGAGAGAUAUGAUGGUACUAGUAAAUUAAAUUUGCGUUCUUUGGGUCAUUUUGCAUCAGUGUAUGUACAUACGUGCAUCCGUAUAUGUACAUAUACCGCUAUGUCGUCCUAUGUAUGCAAAAGCUGUUAAGACAGCGUGUAAAAAAGAAGCUACCAUGUAAUGGUAUUUGCAUAUUGCAGGAUCUUUCUUGGGCCA